AUGGCUGAUGAAGACUUCUUCGAACAAUUCGCUGGUAAGGGGAGCAGUCUGAGUCCUCGACUGCCGUGGAGCGAUCCCGGGAAGGGGCCUGCACUGGCCACUCGCCGAAACAGUAACUCCCAGGGCCAGUUCCUGAUGAGUGGUGCGCUGAACUCAGACAAACAUCCAUCAAUGCGCCCAGGUAUCUUUGGACGUCAGGAUCGUCUGUCGGAGCAUCAUACAGAGCAACUGCCAGAGGAGUAUGCUGAGGAUUCGAGAACUUCAAGUCUGGCCAACCCUUUACUUGAGCCGGAUACUGGGGACGUGCAACGGUCGUCUGUUUCACGCAUCGUCCUCUGGGCUCUCUGUAGUCUCUUGGCUCUCGCUUUCCUGGUGAUCUCAAUUAUUGUUCUAUUCCAAGGAGAAGAGCAGAUCGUCUCGUUUGGGCGAAUUGACGUUGACCCCAAUUGGAAGUCCCAACCAGCCUACCGGCAGCAAUUGCGGAAGGCAUUUCACGUCGUCUCCAAUACUACCGCCUUCACCAAUGAAUUUAAUUCGAUUUACCUGCCAACCGAUUUAAAUCUGGCGGAUGAGGCCCAGCUUAUCGAGAGACAUGUUCAAGGAGCAAAUGACUAUAGCGACAUAGCAUACGAGCUUCUCGGGAGGAAAAUCAUAGCGUCUUUCUCGUCCAACGACCUCACAAUGGAGAAUCUCCAUACCUCAAGGUUGCUGGUCAAGGGAUCCAUUCAAGCGACCGCCAAGACUAUCGACGAACACGGGAACGCGCUGAGAGGUAUUCGACGUUUACGUGCUAAACUCAAACAAGAGAGAAUCGCUCACGAGCUAGAACUGAAUGCCUCUGAAACCAAACUCCAAUCUUACGAGAAACGGAAAAUAUGGAAUUGGGACUCUAUUGGACCCAAUGAUCAUGAGCGAAACCAAGAGAGAAGGACGCGGAUCAGCGCAUGUAAGAAUGCCAUAUCGAAGCUCUACAAUGCUGAGAACUGGGUGGAUCAGAGCCUCCGUCACUGGGAGAUCAUCAAAGAUAGGGCGGCAGGCUUGGAGCAGCAGUCUGGUUUGAUGCUGAAGUUGGAGGAGUUGGCUUCAAGCGGCCAGAUGACACCAGCGCAGCUGGGAGUGAGCUUGGUCGAGAGAUCCCAAGCGGUCCGAGAGGUGGUGGAGUGUAUUUGGAAGGAAGUGAUGGAACGAGAGGCCCAACCUUCUUGA